UUUUUUUUCCUUUCAUCUCACAUCUCGACCAUCACCAAUGUCUUUAUUCUCGAAACUGGGUAAAAACAAUGACAAGACACUUUACCCAUGGUCACAAAAGAAAUUAAGUGGCAGUAGUCAUUGUUUGCCUCGUUCAGCACACGCUGCUACUGCUGUUGCACCUGAUGCGGUUGUCGUAUUUGGUGGCAUUCAUAAAGCAUCUUCAAAAAAGGAAUUGUUUUAUAUUGAUACAAACAAUCAUUCAGCCAACAGUAUAAAUGCUUCUGGAGAUACUCCUCCUUCUCGAGUAGCACCUACCAUGGUUACUUUAAAUGGCCAUGUAGUUUUAUAUGGUGGUAGACCUAUGGUACCUGAAGAGAAAUACGAUGGCCAUCUUUAUGUCUUGAAUCUUCACUCAAAACAAUGGAGUCGUAUACAAACAGAAGGCAAUUCACCUACAGAAAGAUCAGGACAUAGUGCUGUUGUUCAUGAUGGUAUUAUGUAUAUGUUUGGCGGACAAAAAGAAGGCAACUAUUUGAAUGAUUUAUUUAUAUUCAAUGCCAGCACAUUCAAUUCAACGCCUCGCUGGGAACACAUAGGCUAUAAUAAUGAAUGCCCUGAAGCCAGAUCAGGACAUAUUUCUGCCGUCUAUGAAAACAAGCUUUACAUAUUCGGAGGCACUGAUGGACACCAUCUGUUUAAUGAUAUGUGGGUGUUUGAUUUACAUACUCGAUUAUGGUCUCGUAUUGAAGCAGAAGGGCUUAUGCCUGCUGCUCGUGAAAGUUGUGCUUCUUCCAUGGUAGAUGAUGUUGUGUAUAUCAUUGGUGGAAAGGGUGAACAUGGUGUCGAAUUAAAUGAUUUAUGCGCUUAUAAGAUCAAGAGUCGACGUUGGUUUCGAUUUCAAAAUAUGGGUCCUUCUCCCUCUCCACGUCAUGGCUUGACUAUGACAGCUAUUAGAGAACGUCUUUUUGUUGUUGGUGGUGAAAAUGAUACAGCCAAAGUAGAAGACUCUUCUUCAAUUCAUAUCUUGGAUAGUUCUAAAAUAAAAUACCCUACAGAUACCCCAUCACAGCAACAAUCUAUGGAUUCACAUCUUCAAUCGUUUGAUUCUUUUACGGAAGAACCACUCACGACAGGACCACAAAAGCCUUUGAUGGAUCCUAGACAACAACAACAACAACAACAACAACAACAACAGCAACAGCAACAGCAACAACAGCAACAGCAACAACAGCAACAGCAACAACAGCAACAGCAACAACAGCAACAGCAACAACAACAACAACAACCAAGAGCUCCUAUGUCACCUACUCAUCAACCACAACAGCGUCCUUUAAUGAAUGCAGUACAAAAUGAAGUAGAAGGACAACGACAACCUUUUCAAGCGCCAUCUUCUAACCAGCCCCCUGUUCGUCCUCCCCGUCAUAUAUCAACUGUGCCAGAAGCAGCUCUUCGUCGUCCUCGAGCAACUUCACCUUUACCUCAAAAUGAACUAGACAUGUCAGGUCUUCAUCGUCCUUAUCCUACUGCUUCUCCUACAUCACCUAUCUCUAUUGAAAAUGAAUUAAUGCGUGCCAGUCCUAUACAACCCAGUAUGUUAGCAGCUACAGAAGAUGCUCAACAUCCAAUGCGUUCAUCACCUCAUGGCACAGCACCACCACCUCGACCACCUCGUGAAGGUGUUGGAUUGAGAAGUGUGAUGGCUGAUAUGAGCCAAAUUCCAUCUCGAAAUCAAUCUGUGCCUACAACACUCGCUCCAGAAGAAGAACAAUCGGUCCCUGAACGCUCACCUAGUCGUUCACCUGUCAAUAAGCCUGCCUUGGCUCUAGAAGAAAAGCAAGCCUUGAUGCGUGAAAUUCAAGCCAGGGAUCUUGCCAUCAGUGAAAUGAAAAAGAAAGAAAACUGGUGGCGCACCGAAGUCUCAUUGGCACGUAAACAACAAGCUAACAAGAGUUUUGAUGAUGGACCUGAUGCAGACGAAGUACUGUUGAUGGAUGUGGAUCACUUGCCUGAAGAUAAAGUCAAAUUGUUUGAACAGCUGGUUUCUGUUAAAUCUGAACUGCGUCGUGUCAAGGCAAGCAUUCUGCAACAAGCACAACCCAUGUCAGACAAAGUCAGCCAGGCAGAUCGUAUGCGAACAGCUGCACUUCAAGAAGCAGCUUAUUUUAAAAGUAAAUAUCUGGCUCUCAAGUCCCGCCGUCAACAAGACUUGGCUCAGAUUGAAGGAUCGCGUUGUGACGAACUAGAAAAACGAUUGGCAAAUGCCUUGGUUGAGAAUGAAGCCAAUGCUAAAUUACUACAGCAGUUACAGAAGCGGUCACAAUAUGAUCAGCAUGCACGCACAGCUACAGAAGAGCGUGCUCGUGAAGCUCAAGAAAGAGCCGAGGAAGCACAACAAGCACAUCAACGGGCUCUAGAAGAACUACAAAUGGUCUAUGCUCGAGCCACAAAAGCUGAAAUGCAAGUACGAGACAAUGCACUCAAAAUUGCGGAUUUAACACAACAAUUAAGUGAAGCAUUGUUAGCACCACCUUCUACUAUGAGUCAAGAAGUGACAGAAGCUCAAUUGAAAGCAUCUCAAUUAGAAGCAGCCAAUUUACGUGCUCGUAAUGAAACUGCCAGUCUCAAGCAAAAAUUAGCUGAACAGAUGGAUGACAUUGAUCGUCUUCGUGCUUCAUUAAGUGAAAGAGAAGACGCACUAGCUGAAGCCAAGCGUCAUGUAGAAGAUUAUGAAAUUCAACUGAAUAUAAUGCGAGAUGCUAUGAAUCAACAACAACAAAAUACAGUCAAUGGUGGAUUUUCAUCUACAAGAGCCUACUAG